AUGGCUACCACCGCCCCUCCCAAGGCCAAGCACGAUUGGGCCGACGACGACGACAUCGAGGAGACCUCCUCCGAACUGCCGCCUCCCCAGACCAUCUCUAACAAGGAUGGCACCAAGACGAUCAUCACAUACCGAUACAACGACCAGGGCCAGAAGGUCAAGACGACUCGCCGUGUCCGCUACAUCACCCAAACCGAGACAGUCAACCCCCGCGUCGCCGCCCGGAAAACGUGGCCCAAGUUCGGCCUGAGCGCCAUCUUCCGCCCCAGCGUCUCGUGGCGCAAGGAUGCCAAGGAGGAGGGCGCCGAUGCCAACGCCCAGGCUAUGAAGGACAAGCUCAAGGACAAGAAGGUCAAGUGCCGUAUCUGCAACGGCGAGCAUUUCACAGCCAGAUGUCCUUACAAGGACACCAUGGCCCCUGUUGGAGAGACGACCGCCGCCGAGGCGCCCGCUGGUCUGGCCGACGAUCUCGCGGCCGCUACUGGCGCUGCCGGGUCUGGAAAGAAGGGCUCCUACGUGCCGCCUGCUCUGCGUGGCGACCGCGGAGGAGCUGGAGAGCGCAUGGGUGGAUCGAAGUACGGCGAGAGAGACGACUUUGCGACACUGCGUGUUACCAACGUUUCAGAGAUGGCGGAAGAACAAGAGCUGCGCGAUAUGUUCGAGCGUUUCGGUCGUGUCACCAGAGUCUUCCUCGCGAAGGACCGGGAAACCGGCAUGGCCAAGGGCUUCGCCUUCAUCAGCUUUGCAGACCACAGCGAUGCCGUUACGGCAUGCCAGAAGAUGGACGGAUUUGGUUUCAAGCAUCUCAUUCUCAGGGUGGAGUUUGCCAAGAAGGCUCAGUAA